AGAGAUUUUGCCAAAAGUUUAUAUUUUCCCGCGCUGUGAAUUUCCCUAAUCAAUGGCUCCGAAAGCUGAUAACACCGAAGGAAUCGUGCUCAAUUUCGUGAAUGAGCAAAAUAGACCAUUGAAUGUCCAAAAUGUGGCAGAUGCGCUGCAAAAGUUUAGCCUAAAAAAAACUGCAGUCCAAAAAGCCCUGGAUAAUCUAUGUGACAGUGGUAAGAUAUCAUUUAAAGAGUAUGGCAAGCAGAAAAUUUUUCUGGCUCGGCAAGAUCAGUUUGACAUCCCAGACAGUGAAGAGCUUAAUAAAAUGAAGGAAGAAAAUGCCAAUCUACAAGAACAGCUGAAUGAACAGAAAAAGGCCAUCAGUGAGGUUGAAGCAGAGAUGAAGUCUCUGCAGUCAAAUUUGACGAUGGAAGAGAUACAAGCUAAGGAAUCUAAACUGAGAAAAGAGGUUGAUGAGAUGGAAAAGAAACUAAUUAAAUUGCGGCAAGGUGUUACUCUUGUAAGUCCAGAAGAUAGAAAAGCCAUUGAGGGGUUGUAUUCGGAAGCUUUAAAUCAGUGGAGAAGGCGAAAAAGAAUGUUCAGAGAUGUAUGGGAUGCCAUAACUGAGAACUCACCGAAAAAUCCAAAAGAGUUCAAGGAGGAACUUGGAGUUGAAUAUGACGAGGAUGUUGGUGUGAACUUUCAGUCUUUUGCUGACCUGAUCCAACCUGGCAAGAAACGUCGAUAGAGGCUAGUGAUUAUAUUUACAUGUUACAUUUUACUCCAGGAAUAUACUUGAUCAGGUGUUUUGUAAGUAGAUAUUUGUAGACUUUAAAAUUGUGUAAUCUUGCUGUUUUGUAGUGUUAAUCUGCUUUUCUAA